AUGACUGGUGAACCAAUUAAUCAAAGGAUUCGUAUAGCCAUUGAUAGAGGUGGAACUUUUACCGAUUGCAUCGGUAAUCCAGGUACUGGUAAAGUUGAAGAUGAUGUCUGUAUCAAAUUGUUAUCUGUAGACCCAAAGAACUACAAAGAUGCGCCGCUGGAAGGUAUGAGAAGGUUAUUAGAGACGCUCGAAAAAAAAACGAUUCCUCGAGGCAUGCCGCUAGAUGUUUCCAAUGUGAGUAGUAUUAGGAUGGGGACUACACUAGCAACGAAUUGUGCGUUGGAAAGAAAUGGUGAGCCCUGUGCGUUUGUCACCACUAAGGGUUUUAAGGAUGUAAUGGCGAUUGGUGACCAAACUAGACCAGAUAUCUUUAAUCUAAAAAUCCAGAAGCCCCAACCAUUAUACGAAAUGGUAGUUGAGAUCAAUGAAAGAAUAACUCUCGAAGAUUUUUCUGAAGAUCCCCUUCAUAACAUCUCAAAACCUGACAAUAAUGCUGGUACUGUCUACGGUACCAGCGGCGAAGUGGUACGUAUAUUGAAAAUACCAGACCCACAAGAAAUCACCCUUGCCUUAAAGAAUAUCAAACAAAGAGGAAUUGAAUCUAUUGCAGUGUCGUUUUUACACUCUUACACUUAUCCGCAGCAUGAACAACUAGUCGGGCGUAUCGCCAAACAAUUAGGAUUUAAACAUGUAUCGCUCUCAUCAGAGGUUUCCCCAAUGAUUAAACAUUUGCCCAGAGCUCAUAGCAGUGUAGCAGAUGCGUACUUAACACCUGUGAUCAGGAGAUAUCUAGAAAGCAUUCAAUCUGGUCUAAUCAACACUGAGAACACAAGCAUUCAGUUUAUGCAAUCCGAUGGUGGUUUGGUAGAAGGUCAAAGAUUUUCUGGUUUAAAAUCUAUUCUCUCUGGUCCUGCAGGUGGUGUAGUAGGUUACUCGAGAACUUGUUAUGAUGAAGCUAACGAAAUCCCAUUAAUUGGAUUCGAUAUGGGCGGCACAUCCACAGAUGUUAGCAGGUUCGGAGAUAGUAAACUGGAACACGUUCUCGAAACCACAACAGCUGGAAUUGUCAUUCAAACACCACAAUUGAACGUCAAUACUAUUGCCGCUGGCGGUAGCUCAAGGUUGUUUUGGGAAAACGGUCUUUUCAGAGUCGGUCCCGAAUCUGCCACUGCUAAUCCAGGUCCUGUUGCCUAUCGUAAAGGUGGGCCACUAACCAUUACAGAUGCCAAUCUGCUCUUGGGUCGUCUAGUUCCUGAAUUCUUCCCCAAGAUAUUUGGUCCCAAUGAAGAUGAAUCCCUUGACAUUGAUGCUACAAGAAAACAGUUCGAGGCAUUGACGAAAAUUAUUAACGCUGACUUAAAUACCAAUAUGACACCAAACGAAGUUGCUUUUGGUUUUUUAAAGGUUGCUAAUGAAUCAAUGGCAAGACCUAUUAGAGCCAUUACGGAGGCAAAGGGACAUGUGUUGUCUAAACACAGAUUGGUUACAUUUGGUGGUGCAGGAGGUCAACAUGCAGUUGCAGUUGCAGAAUCUUUAGGUAUCAAGGAAGUUUUGGCUCAUAGAUACUCAUCGCUUUUAUCGGCUUAUGGUAUAUUCCUCGCUGAUGUAGUUGAAGAGAACCAAGAACCAUGUUUCCUCCUGUUGAACCUACCAGAAAAUUCUACCAAGAUUAAAUCCAAAUUGGAAUCUUUGGUAGUUAAAUGUAAUGAUCAAUUGGUAUCCCAAGGUUUCCCAGAACAUCUAAUCGAUCAUGAAAAGUACUUAAAUUUACGGUACGAGGGUACGGAAACUAGCUUAAUGGUACUAGAGCAAGAUGAAGAUUGGGAUUUCGAGAACUGGUUUGCAGAAGCUCAUAUGAGGGAGUUUGGGUUUGCAUUCAAUGAUAAAAACAUUAUUGUAGAUGAUAUUAGGGUCAGAGCAGUUGCCAAGUCAUUCGUCAGAGAGGAAGAAUCUGUAGACGCUCAAUUGAAUAAAUAUGAACGCAGAGAAGUGGUAACUUCCAAAGAGGCAAGUUUCUUCAAGAAAGUAUAUUUUGAUGGUAAGCUGUAUGAAACUCCUAUCUUCAGAAUUGAUAAUAUGGUCUAUGGAAGUGUUGUUCAUGGUCCUGCCAUUUUGGCAGAUGGUACUCAAACGAAUAUUAUCCCCAGAAAUGCCAAGGCAACGGUGCUCAAAUCACAUAUUUUUAUCGAAAUUUUGCACAAAUCUACCGAUAUUUCUUCUCUUGAGGAACCUGAAUCUCAUGUCGACCCUGUGAUGCUAUCCAUCUUUAGCCACAAGUUUAUGGACAUUGCUGAACAAAUGGGGCUUCAAUUGAAGAAAACUUCUGUGUCUACGAACGUGAAGGAAAGACUAGAUUUCUCCUGUGCUCUCUUUGAUCCUGAUGGUAAUCUGGUAGCUAAUGCCCCCCAUGUACCUGUUCAUCUCGGUUCGAUGUCUACUUGCAUAGCCGCCCAGGCUAAAUUGUGGAAAGGAAAAUUGAAACCAGGGGAUGUUUUGGUCACAAACCACCCAGAUAUUGGCGGAACUCAUUUGCCAGAUAUCACUGUGAUUUCACCAGCUUUUUCAGAAGAGACAGGUGAAGUGAUCUUUUACGUUGCAUCAAGAGCUCAUCAUGCCGAUAUUGGUGGUAUUCUCCCAGGAUCUGUCCCCCCUAACUCCAAAGAACUUUAUGAAGAAGGUGCCGCCAUUUAUUCAGAGUUUAUUGUUAGAGGAGGUGAAUUUCAAGAACAAUUGAUCCGCAAGCUGUUGUUGGAAGAACCUGCAAAAUACCCUGAAUGCUCUGGAUCUAGAAGACUCAGUGAUAAUAUUAGUGAUUUGAAAGCCCAAAUUGCCGCCAAUAACAAAGGAAUUCAAUUGAUUGCCAAGCUCAUGAGGGAACAUGGGUUGGGAGCAAUUGUUAAAUACAUGAAAGCUAUUCAGAAUAAUGCCUCUGAUACAAUCAAGAAGAUGUUAAAGCAACUUGCCCAACAUUUCGGUCAAACUGAAUUUAGCGGUGAAGAUCUAAUGGACGACGGAACUUUGAUCAAAUUAAAGGUAAAACUGGAUAUUGAAAAGGAGGAGUAUGUCUUUGAUUUUGAUGGUACGUCUCCUCAAGUCUAUGGUAAUAUAAAUGCUCCUGAAGCAAUCACGAAUUCGGCUAUUCUCUACUGUCUGAGAUGCUUGGUUGGUGAAGAUAUUCCGCUCAAUCAGGGCUGUUUGAAACCAAUUACAGUUAAAAUUCCAAAGGGCUCAGUGCUGAGCCCAAUUAAUGGGAUUGCUGUUGUUGGAGGAAAUGUUUUAACUUCUCAAAGGGUCACUGAUGUCGUUCUCAAAACUUUCCAUGUAAUGGCUGAUUCUCAAGGUGAUUGCAAUAAUUUCACAUUUGGUACUGGCGGUAGAGAUCCUAAGACCGGUGAAGUAACCAAUGGAUUUGGUUACUACGAAACAAUUUGUGGUGGUCACGGUGCUGGCGCUGAUUCUUUCAGAGGCCCUGGCUGGGAUGGUGCUGAUGCAGUGCACACAAAUAUGACCAAUACUAGAAUGACAGACAGUGAAAUCUUCGAGCGUAGGUAUCCUGUGAUAUUACGGGAAUUUUCCAUUAGAUCAUGUUCUGGAGGCGAUGGACAAUACAUGGGAGGUGAUGGUGUCAUUAGAGAUAUCGAAUUUUCCCAACCAGUACAAGCCUCCAUAUUGUCUGAGAGAAGAGUGGUUGCCCCUCAUGGAAUACAUGGCGGUCAAGAUGGUCAAAAAGGUAUUAAUUUAUGGAUUAGAAAUAAUGGUAAAAAUACCAUAAAUAUUGGUAGUAAAAACUCUGUUCGGGUGAAUCCUGGUGAUCGUAUCAUUAUCAAAACACCUGGGGGCGGCGGCUGUGGUAUUAAAGAAAAUUAG